AUGGGGUCCCCCUCCCAUUGUGUCCCCCCCCCAUUGGUUCCUCCCACAUUGGUCCCCCCCAUUGCUUCCCCCCCCCGGUUCCCAUUGGUCCCCCCCCUUAUUGGGUCCCCCUUUUCUCCCCCCAUUGGUCACCCCCUCUGGUCACCCCCUCUAUUGGUUCCCCCUCCCAUUGGUUCCCCCCCAUUGGCUCCGCCCCCAUUGCCCCCCACUUAUGGGUCCGCCCCAUAG